UUAGCAUCGCUUUCCUCUCUCUCCCACACUCUUUGCACAUUUCAGACAUGCCACCUCCAAAGUUUCGUGGGGCAAACUUUAUGGUUCCCAAACGCCCCAAGAUUGCUUACAAGGACCGCAUUCAGGAAGGGUCAUGGAAGAUUCAUGUUGGUGACAAGGUCCAAAUUGUGGGAGGGAGCAUAGAUGUCGGCAAACAGGGCAAGGUUGUUUCGCUCGUCAAGGAAAUGAAUGCAGUCAUUGUAGAGGGUUGCAAAAUGGCAUUCAAACACGUCAAACCCAACCCAGAACAUCCUUCUGGAGGUCGUAUCCGCAAAGAACUCCCCAUCUCUUAUACACACGUUCAAUUAAUUGAUCCUGCCACAAAUCAACCCACCAAAGUCCGCCUCACGACCGUCUUUAAUCCGACCAAACGACGUAAAGAAGUCUCGCGCGUGUCACUAGCCACGCAGUCUCUGAUACCCGUACCAGAGGAAAAGGAUGAAUUCAAAGAAAAGCCUGAGGGACCGCUCGACACAUCUGCAGACGCGGUGGCAAAAGAAACAUUUACCAUCAAUAUUCAACAGUGUCCGUUUCCGUCUGCGUUUAUGAACGAGUUGGAGAGGAUGCGACGAAAGAAUCGGGAGAGUCAUGCUUGUUAGCGUCUGUCAACGCACACAUGCAUAGGGAAUUUGUGUGUGCGAUUUAAUGGCAUGGGAGAUUCAGUGUGUGCGAUGAAUCGCAAGGGAGAGGCGUGUGGAGUUUCACACGGUCAGGACUGUACAUGUUUUUCAUUUUUUUUUUAAUUAUAUUGCAUGUGGACGGCAAAUGGGAAUGGG